GUCUGGCUAAAAUGUGUCCAGAUUUCUUAUAGAUGCUGUUACUGGAUAUACCAAACCAGUCUCCAAAGUCUAUUUCAUGGUGUAAGGUUGACAAUCUGGUCGUCUGGGCUUAAAUUAUCUAGCUUCAGUGUCUUGCCCUAGCAUUUGCAAGUCUUUCUUUCAAAAAAGCUUAAAAUUACUCAUUAAAUACUAAAGUGACGUUUUCAUUUGUUACUUCCAAUGGCAGGUAAUUGGGUGCACACUCUGCCCCGCCAAUUGUGAAAUCAAACGGUACAUCUACUCUUCAGAGUUAACGUGGGUAUAAUGUCUGUGGACGGUACAUGUGGACCAGCACCCGAAGUGUACUUUUUUAGUACCUAUCGGCAUGUGUUCGAACUUUCUGUGCUUGUAUUGAUGUCCAUAUUUGGCUUAAAAUGUGUGAUAAGACUGUUCAGAAGAUAUAAAGGAGAGUUUCUUCGAGCUGGAUUCUCUGGUAUUGAUAUGAAUAAGCCCACUAAACCAACACUUCCCGAGGCACAGGGGGUAAUAUGUGGCGUCGUUUUCCUCUCCAUUAUGUUCAUCUUUAUACCUGUUCCGUUUUGGAAAUACCUUUUCGGCAAAGGGGAUAGUCAGAUAAUUGAAUCAUGCCCUUUUAAUAGAACCGGAGAGCAGCAGGAGAUUAUGUUCAAAAGUCAGUUCAUUCAGUUUCUUGCUGGUCUGCUGUCAAUAUGCUGUAUGAUAUUCUUGGGCUUCGCCGAUGAUGCUCUCAAUCUUCCAUGGAGACACAAAAUUGUUUUUCCGUCUGUUGCAAGUUUACCGUUGUUAAUGGUAUAUUUGGCGAAUGAGGGAACAACUCGGAUUGUCGUACCAGUUAUGUUUAGAAGUGUCUUUGGCAAUACCAUCGACAUCGGUAUUCUGUACUAUGUGUAUAUGGGUUUAUUGGCCGUGUUUUGUACCAAUUCCAUCAAUAUCUACGCUGGAAUUAAUGGUCUUGAAGUUGGUCAAGCAAUAGUGAUUGCCUCUUCUUUGAUUUUGUUCAACUUAAUUGAGAUUUCAAGUCAACAUUGGCGUGUUCAUCUGUUUUCCUUGUAUUUCCUGAUCCCGUUUUGGGCUGUAUGCUAUGCCUUGUAUUGUAUUAACCGAUAUCCAGCAAAAGCUUUUGUUGGUGAUACAUUCUGUUACUUUGCUGGAAUGACGUUUGCUGUUGUGGGUAUUUUGGGACAUUUCAGCAAAACAUUGUUACUAUUCUUUUUACCGCAAAUAAUCAACUUUCUGUACAGCACUCCUCAGUUGUUUGGAUUGAUCCCUUGCCCACGACAUCGAUUACCUCGUUAUAAUCCUACAGAUGGUCUACUGCAUCCUAGUCGUGUUCGUUUCCAUCCAAAAUCUCUGUCACGUGUUGGAGAGUUCGUUUUAACAGGGUUAUCUCGUGUUGGUAUUAUUGAGUGUAAACUUUGUUCAGACUGUGUACCAAAUACACAAGAAUCAAACAGGGCAGAGAAUAGCAGUAAUACUGCUCCACAGACUCCUGAACAUCAGUCUGCAGAAGGAGAUCGAAAAAUGGGAAAUCGAUCACCAAGAAGUAGCAGUCCAGUGCAUAUGAAGUCACCAACUGAAGAAAUUGUUGAAGUAGAUAAUCUUACUGUCAUAAACAUGAUGCUACGUGUUUUGGGACCUAAAAAUGAACAACAGGCUACAAACAACCUUCUGAUUUUACAGAUUCUGUGUUCCUGUUUAGCCUUUGCUAUUCGUUAUCCACUUGCUUGGUUCUUUUAUGAUGUACCAGCAUCACCAGCGAAUUGAUGAAAAGAUGAAUCUGCACAGGAUUUUCUGUCGAGAGACAGCUGUAUGAAUAAUGUCCCCUGUUUGUUUGUUUGUUUUUCUCCCACGAAGGCAAUAAAUACUUUCUGGAACAAAUGAACAUAUGAUGUGUUGUUGUUAAUUGUAAGACGAAGAAGAAUUUAGAGCUAACUAGUAUAUCUAUAUAUGUAUGUUUAAUCUACCAUUACUAAUAUCAUCACAAACCAACCUCAUCUACACACUACUGCACUCAUUGUCUACAUCAGUUUCUUUCUUGUACAUCUGCUUUCUUCACAUUUUGUCAAUAUAUACAUAUAUAUUAUGAUUUUCCAAUGAGGCUUGAGCGUAUUCCUCUUAACUCUUUAGAAGAAGACAAAAAAAUACUAAUUAAUUUGUCUUCUAUCUUGUUGUGUAUUCCUGAUUUUGUAGCGGCAAAGAGACUAUUGGGGAUUUCUGUCUUGGUCGUUGACACACAUUGUCUGCACAACAACCUCUUCUAUUCCUUCUUCGUCUUCUUGUAUUUGCCUGCAUAUUUUCAAGGUGCAUUCUGUGUUUUUGUGCAUUUUUGUGCGUGUUUCCUUCCGUGUGUCUAUGUUGUGUACGCCUUAUCGCCUAACUCACCUAAAUGUGAUGAGGAUGAUUGGGUUUUGGUUAUUUCCCCCUCUGUCACACUGUAUUCACUGUUUGAUAUUAUUGUGUUGUGUACUACAAUAGACUUGUUAUUCAUACUCAUUCAAUCAAAUAUUCCUCAGAAUGUUGUUAUAUUAAAAAAAAACAGACUGUUUUGAACAUUUCAAUUAGAUGAUUUAUAAGUGGAAUAAUUGGUGUCAGUCAAUCUGUAGCUACUUAAAUCAAAGAUUUUGUGUGUGUGUGUGUAUGUGUGUUUUCGGUAACAUAUUGUUAAAUGAUUCUAGCAUACUUAAAAACAAAAUUCUGUUGGAUUUUGCAGUAAAUAAAAAUAUAAAUACUUCAACGCCGA